GCAGCCUAGCUUUCUUCCUCUCUGCUGCCCUCCUCUCUUACAUUCCCUGACCACUUAUCUCUAUCACUUAUCGCAGUCAUGCAACCCGCAAGCGAGCGCCCAUUUCAGGCUUCCAGGUUCGCAUACCUGACCAACACGGAUGGCCUUGCCGCAUCCCACCCAGGCGCCCAGCAACAGGUUGAGAACGCGAAAAGUCAUUACACAAGCGCCCUCAAAAAUCUCGAAUCGACGGAUAAAGACGCCCGGGAAGCGUAUCACGACGACAAGGCAAAUGGUCUAACUACCGAUACUUUUGGAAAUUGGGCAAUGCAGAAUUCUCCUGAGUGGGCUUCCGCGAAGGCGGAAGCGCAAGCAGCGGGUGCAGCUUUGAGUAGCGCUGCUAUGAAUGCCUUUGGGCCUGCUUAUGAGCAGAGAAUUCGAGAGAAACAGUCAGAAGUGGACCGGGCGGCCUACGAGGCGGGUUUCCAGCCUGAGAUCUUCUGAGAUAUAUCAUGGGUUUCAUCCGAAUUUUAAGUAUCGCAACCCAGAGUGAGAUUAUAUGUAUAACUAUCAAGGCGGUAGUACAAAUUCCAUUUCACCGACUACCUAUUUCAGAUCCUUGUUGAGUCCUUCAUUGAAUAGUAGCACUGUCUUCAUCGAGCUUAUCAUCCUUUAACCCUCGAUGCAGCCAAUUGCU